UAAACGCAAACUUGUUUUAUCAAUUUUUUGGUAGAUUGCAUGGAGCAUGAUCCGGAGCUGAGAGAUGGAUCAGAGAGGAAUGUGACAACUGUUUUGGUGGAGGAGCUAGAGCUAAGGGAAACUGAAGUUCAUGAAAUACAGCAGAAAGCAGAUCAGGCGCUUUUGGAGGCAAAGAAGCUGACUUCCCAGUAUCAGAAAGAGGCAGACAAGUGCACUUCCGGGAUGGAAACCUGCGAGGAGGCCCGGGAGAAAGCCGAGGCGGCGCUGGAGGCGCAGAGACGGGUUACCGCCAUGUGGGAGCUUCGGGCUCGACAGAAAGGCUGGAAAGACAACCUCAUAGCUGCCAGCAUUGAAAGUGUCCAAACUGCUCUUGGUGGAGGAGACACAACCUUGUCUGUCAAUGAUUUCUAGAUGUUUUCUUCUUUUUUUUUCCUUAAAAUUCUCUCUGUUGAUACAUUUCAAAGUAGAUUCUAUAAUCUAUAUAGCUAUAAUAACAGCCUCAAGUUGAUUCCA